AUGGGGCCCCCGGGAUUCAACUCAUCAUUUAAAUGGCCCAAUCGUGCAGUCAGUUGGACUCAUGCGUCAAAGCUAUCGCUUUCAGCAUGUAGCUGCCCAGUUUCCAAACUAACUGUAGGUGCCAUCGCCCUCAAUGAUUGGUUGUAUCUCCCACUUUCCGGUGAUCAAAACUAUAGCAGCUGGAACCGUUUAUUUUCCUCCAAUAUGCUUGCUGACUUGUCGCAGUAUACGGUGGCGAACUUCCCUUCCCGGUUAUACUACAUACCAGAUUUUCUGAGCGCAACAGAAGAACGAGACCUAUGUGAUUUUAUCUAUGCUUCACCGAUUCCGAAGUGGGUUACUCUCAGCGGACGUCGGCUGCAAAACUGGGGCGGGAUACCACACCCGAAAGGAAUGUUAUCUGAGCCAAUUCCUCCAUGGCUGACCAAAUUUGUCGACCGUGUGUCUGCCCUUGGGGUGUUUGGCUCUCACUGUGCAAACCACGUAUUGAUUAACGAAUACAAGCCUGGCCAAGGCAUAUCGCCCCAUCAUGAUGGACCUUUAUACUUUCCAGUUGUGGCAACUCUCAAUUUGGGAUCUUACGGAAUAUUAGAUUUCUAUCGACCCUUGGAUGACAAUGAUGCGAAUGAGGAUUCCCAGUCGACUUCUUACGCCAGCCGGUACAUUGGCUCCGCACUUUUACAACCUCGAAGUUUGAAUGUGGUGACGGACAAGUUGUACACUCAUUACAUGCACGGUAUUGAGUGUAGUUCUACGGACUUCAUCUGCACCUCUGACAACAUCGAUUUGUGCGCGCUGUCCGACGAGAUUCAUAGAGCACGAAUCGUAAAUCUCGAUGCCUGUGGCCCUGGAGUUGUACCACACACUGGGAUGCUCAACCGGGAUACCAGAAUAUCAGUCACUAUUCGCUAUGUCCCUAAUGUUUGCAAGUUGAGUGUCAAUGCUUUUGUAAUGUAA